GAGCGGCGUUUUAGAACCGAUGGGGAUCAUGCCAUAUUUUCACGGAAGAAGCAGAUAAAACGGCUAACACUGCAAUAGUGUCCAAGCGGUUUAUACCUCAACCUUCCUGCAAUGAGAGAGAGGAAUGAGGAGACAUACCUAGCAGUUUUCUAAGCCCUUACAAAAAAGCCACAAAAAGCAACACAGUUUCCUUGGAAACAGAAAGAAUCAUUUGAGGCUGUGUCUCCUGCACAGGACAAUGUCUCUCCUAUGAUGCUACUUUCCACUUGAACCUCCUGCCUUUCUGAUCUAUCUGUCCCUUUCAGCUUACAUGCUGCCACCUUCCCCCUAUCUCUAUUACUUUUUACCCACUAUCCUGUCUGCUACCAAUCCCUUCUAAUCAACAUUCACUUCUCUUAUUAUAUCUUUCCUCCUGAAUUCAGUGUGUUCGCUACCUCACUGUCCUUGUGAGGCAAUGGAGUUCCCUCAGCAUAGUCGGCAGCUCCUGACUAGUUUGCGGGCCCAGCGCCUACAGGGGUUCCUCUGCGACUGCACCGUGCAGGUUGGGUCCAGCCGUUUUCUGGCCCACCGCGCCAUCCUGGCUUCCUGCUCCCCCUUCUUUCACAUGUUCUUCUCUGAGCAACCACUGGGUAAGACCGAGACUGUUACCAUAAACGGGGAAAUUGUGACGCCAAUGGCCUUCGGGCUGCUCUUGGACUUUAUGUAUGAGGGGACUCUUAGGCUUGUCGCCCAGCCCCCGCCAGAGGACGUGCUGGCUGCUGCAAGCUUCUUACACAUGAACGACAUUGUGAGGGUGUGUAAAAAGAGGCUCCAAGGACGGGGAUUGGCUGAGGCAGAUAGUACCAAAGCAGAGGAAGAGUGCAUGAUGGUGGGAGAUGGCGGUUGUGGAAUAGGGGUGCUGCUCAGAGGGGUGGGGGAGGACUCUGGGCGAGAUGGGAUUGAAGCUACGGCAGGAGCUGCAAAAACACCCACAAUCCAGUAUUCUCACCUUCAUCAGUUCGCCCCUCCAGAAAAGGCAAGACAACAGCAAGACGAGCUCGCUAACUCCUACCCUGAUAGAUUCUCUGGGUCCGCCAGUGCUGAUGUGGCUGACACCACCCAACCAGGGAUGGAUGGUUAUGUUGUAGUCCAUCCGAGACCUCACAGCCAGGGGGAAUCUACCUUGGGUAGUCCUUGCAGUUCCACAGAAGUGGUCUCCAAUAACCACCCCUCAUCCUCUUCUUCCUCAACCUCCUUUGGAAGAUUGUUAAGCCCUAUCUCAAAUUCUGAGACAAAAACAAUGACAAUUACCUCCAUCUCAUUAACAAACACAAGAAAAAGUAGUUGUACCAGCCCAGUUCAGGCCAGCUUGGUGAUUUCCAGUGAGGAUGCCAUGAUGCUAACUCAAGGCACUCUGCCAGCUCAGACUCCUGAAACUAUUCUCGUUCAGCCGCCCACCCACAGGCCCAAUAGCCCUCUACCCCACCCUCAGCCUUUGCCCUUGUCCCCCAAGCCUCACACCCCAAACCAGGUGCAGCCUGAGGAGUUUGUUUUAGGAGUAGAGAAAGAGGCAAAGAGUCCUGUAGAAAAUAUAGAUCCACAUAAUUUCACAGGGGAAUCAGCGAUUUGGAAAGGAACCGAGGGAGAAGAAGAGAAUGACAAUGGGGUGAAGGUGAAGGUCGAGGCCAUCAUCAUUUCUGAUGAAGAGCUGGAUGACAUGGAAGGGAUGUUAGUCGGAGAGGGAGACCAAGAGAGUGAAAGAGGGGAAAGUGUUGAGUUUGACGACAAAGACCGAGAUGAAGAUCUGAACAGCUCGCAGUUUCUGCAUCCCCACCAACUCCAUCUGUCACACCAUCAGGAGGUGCUCCCCUUCCCACUUUCUCCCCAGGGCGCAACUCCCACCACAUCUGCCUCCACUUCUCCAACUUUCCCCCCAAGCCUGUUCACAUCUACCUCUCACCACGUUCCCCCACAGGAGUCGCACCAACAGCCUAUAUAUCUCCAGGACUUCCAGGACUCUCUCGGCUCCUAUGUGGAAGAUGUCCCCACCUGUGGCACCUGUGGGAAGACCUUUUCCUGCGCCUACACCCUGAGGCGUCACGCUAUUGUCCACACGCGGGAGCGACCCUAUGAGUGUCGUUACUGCUACCGCAGCUACACUCAGUCCGGGGACCUGUACCGGCACAUUCGCAAAGCCCACGACCACAGCCUUCCUGCCAAACAAAGCAAGCCAGAUACUGAGCCACCCCCACAAAGCUAG